AAAUGUGUUCACUUUUUACAUAAGCACAAACAAAUAAUUGAAAUUAAAACAAAAUUUUCAAUGCAUAAAUAAAAUAAAGACGCUAAACAAUCAAUGAGUUUGCACAGCAGCUACGUAAGACGUUUGCUCGACAGUUGGCCCGGCAAGCGACGUUUUGGCGUUUACAGAUUUCUGCCAAUUUUCUUUGUGCUUGGCGCCGCCUUGGAGUUCUCCAUGAUCAACUGGACUGUGGGGGAAACAAAUUUUUAUCGCACAUUUAAGCGUCGUCAGGCUAAGAACUACGUGGAGGAGCAGCAAUAUCAUCAGCAGCACGAGGAGCAGCAAAAAGAGGCUUAAUAAUGCCCGCC